UAGGGUCAUCAUUCGCUUUAUAGCGUUCCUGUGUGUCAAAUUUAUAGAAAUAAUGUUAGUUAUGUUAUGAUGGAUUGAAAUAUAGUGUUUGUGCAUGUGUUGUGAAUACGAUGUGUGAUUUUGUGCGGAUUUGAAGAUGUGGGAUAUUAUCUACGCGAAAUCCGUGAGGAAAAAGUGUGGUGUAUAACAAGUGACCAUCAUGUCAAGUGGUGGUUGUUCAGCCCCAGGGCUGUGUGGGGGAGCUCGGCGUCGACCACCUCCACCUCCGGAGCCAGCCCUAACUCUCGCCGCAGACCUGAGCGAGUUGAGCCUCGAUCAGGGCUACCACACGCUAGCAGACUGCGGCCCUCCGAGAAGACGAAGAGAUAACACCCUGUCUGAUGCUCUGUGGCUCAGAAUUUUGUCGUAUUUAGAAGUGUCAGACUUAUGCCGAUUGUCGAGGGUGUGUCGUAAAUGGUCGCGGUUUGUAACACGUCUGCUGUCGAAGCCGGACACCUGGCGAAGAGUCCGAGCAGCUGGACCCCUGGAGGUGGCCGCAAGGUGUGCAGGUGCCAGGGCAGGCCUGUACACUGGUGCUGUACGAGAGUGGAGAUCGAAGAAUUGUGUGGUUACCGUGGCGGGUGCUCAGCUCUUAGUAGCUACCUUCAGGAACCUCACGCACCUGGCUCUCACCAACUCCAUGGUGAUGGAUGCGAGGACCCUGGCGCCGAUAGUCACAGACCUGGUGGACUUGAGGCAUUUGGAUCUCAACGGAUGUCCAAACGUAGACUGGCCAGAGUGGGCUUGGUUGGAGAGCAGGCUUGCGACGCGAAGACCUCCGCUAGAGUACGUAGACCUCACGGACUGCGCAGCCCUCACAGAUGCAGGUCUCUGCGCUCUCCUACACACCUGUCCUUCUCUUCAAUAUCUGUACUUACGAAGAUGUACUCUAGUCACUGACGCAGGCGUUAGAUGGAUACCAUCGUACUGCGCCCUGAAGGAACUCAGCGUGUCUGACUGUACGGGCGUCACAGACUUUGGUCUGUACGAGCUGGCCAAGUUGGGACCGGCCUUGCGGUACCUUUCUGUAGCCAAAUGUGCUCAGGUGUCAGACUCAGGAAUCAGGACCCUGGCUCGACGAUGCUAUAAGCUGCGGUAUCUUAAUGCCAGAGGAUGUGGGGCUCUAGGUGAUGAUGGAGUGGAAGCAAUAGCAAGGGGGUGUUCACGCUUAAGGGCGCUGGAUCUUGGUGCCACUGACGUUUCGGAAACUGGUUUACAGAUCCUUGCACGCUGUUGUCCAAAUCUCAAGAAACUGGCGCUCCGAGGAUGCGAGCUAAUCGGUGAUGAUGGACUUGAUACGGUCGCGUAUUACUGCCGGGGGUUGACGCAGCUCAACAUACAAGAUACGCCAGUCACCCUACGAGGAUACAGGGCGGUAAAGAAGUACUGCAAACGGUGUGUCAUUGAGCAUACCAAUCCCGGAUUUUGUUAAAAGACUGAUAACUUAUUAUCUAUAAGAGUUCAUUCACACGAGUGUAAAAAAGCGUGGCGUCAACUACAGAAACAUGAAGUGUUCAAUAUGUAUCAAGUUGUAUCGCAGGCCGUUACGCAAUAUUGUGUCCUUUUGUUAUAAAUGAUACUGUUUAAUAGAAGGUAUAUGCUUGUUCUGUCAUUUAUUCCAAUAAAAAAAACACUUUCAAGACAGACUGACAGGAAAGAUUUCGUAACAUCGUACAAGAUAUAAUAAACAUAUUUAUUCAAACAAGACAAAUCUUAUAACUAUAUUUACAAUACUAUGAUUACAUUAAAUUCAGCUAAAUUGGUGUCGAGAUACUUGGCCCGUGGGUCGCAGAGAUGCGGAGAAUGUACAAAGUACUAUCUUCUCUCCUCAACCCAAGCUAUUUCGGUCAACGGAUCAGCCUAGCUAUCAAACGUGGAAAUACUGCCAGUAUUCUUAGUACACUUCCACGUAAUGAUAUUAUAAAUUAAAUGUGAUCUGUAAAUAUAGUUAUAAUAUAGAAUAAUAUGUACAUACUUUAUCAAAUGAACAGACCGAUAGACAGUGGUGACUUAGAAAUAUGGUGCCCAUUCGAAAGUCUAAAUAGUUUACACAAAGAAAACCGUCUGGUACAUUAAACCUUACGUCUACAACUCUGUGUUAUUUAGCAGUAAAACGAGGAUAUAAAAAUAGGGGUUCAAAAGAGUCGAACAGACUUAUGUUUUUCAGCAAAUUUUUUUUUCUUUUAUCGCUUUUUUACAGACGUUGAUCAACUCUCGUGUGGAUGAGGCUUAACGGCCGUUUUCAAUAACCUAUCAAUCUUUAGUUUUACUUACUAGAGGUAUAUAAAUCUAUCCUUUUACGAUUACUUGCAUUUCAAUGACUAUUAUAGACGAUUGGACUAUAACUAUAUUGGACAUAACUAUCAGCAAUGUAUCCGCAACUAGAGAUACGUUAUUGAAAACGGCCGUUAAUAAACAAACGGUUAGGUCGUUGCCAUGAAAAUGCCAUUAUGUUAAGCUUUUAAUGCUGUUAAAAUACAAAGUUAUAUUUAAGUCCAUAAUGGAUCUUUUGUAGCUCUAACAUAUUUGCUAAUUGAAACACGACAUAUGAUGCACAAUGCAAUUCAAUAUAUCUAGGGAUGGUAGAGAAAAAUAAAGCUCUGAGCGGAAAAAUAAGUUAAUUACUAUUGAUAUUCAAUAAAAUGUAUAUUUUUAGAUAAAAAAUCGAAAAAUCUCCGGUAAAAUUAAAUUUGGGUUCGAAGCCGGAAAUACAUUUACAAGGUGGCUUGUUUCACGGUAUUACGGAUUUCAUUUCGAGGAGUGUAUCCAUGGGCUAAAUCCCUUCCCUUCAUCGGAUGACCACAUGUGGAAGCUUCCAUCCUUAUUUUAUAAGUUACGAAUAGACAGAAAUUGUAUUGUUACAAGUUCUAUCAUGCGAUCAGUUUAGCUGAAGAAUAUUAAGGACCGCAGCAAAUAGUCAAAUUGUCGCGUUCUACAUGCAAAAUUGAGAGGAAAUAUAGUACCAUUUUUUCAAAUUAAAUGGGUUCCGGUCGUGCCUUUGACAAUUCUACAAACAUCCUUCCCUUUAAAAAGACUACAGAUUGAUUCAAUAAAAAUUCUUUAUUUACCAAUUUUGUUUACCAGUAGGAGGCUGCUUUGCACAGGAUACCGACUAGAUUAUGGGUACCACAACGGCGCCUAUUUCUGCCGUGAAACAGUAAUGUGUAAGCAUUAUUGUGUUUCGGUCUGAAGGGCGCCAUAGCUAGUGAAAUUACUGGGCAAACGAGACUUAACAUCUAAUGUCGCAAGCAAUUUUUCGGUUUUUAAAGAAUCCAGAGCAGCACUGCAUUUUAAUGGGCAAGGCGUAUCAAUUACCAUCACCUGAACGUCCUGCUCGUCUCGCACUUUAUAGUCAAAAAAAAAUAUCGCGCUAGAUACAUAGUAACUUUAGUUCUUUUUGUUUUUUAUUUUAAUUUUUUAAUUACUUCUGUACAGUCAUUCAUCGCUGGUGUUAGCCAUGGUACGUUGACCCUUCGUAAUUUGUUCUUAAAGUAAUAAUUCAUAAUGCAAAGUUUGUCGAAUCAAUCAAACCCAAUUCUCGACUAACAAGCUUGUAACAACAAUAUUAUUACUGUUUAAAUUUGAAAGCACAAUAACAGGAAAAUACUUUUAUAAUUUCUGUAUUUCUACUAGCUUCAUAGUUGCACAGUUGCAAAGCAUACCUACUUUGAAAUUGUGUGAGAUCCUAACAGUGGGUCCAGUUUCACGUACAAAAGUUUUCUUAAUAGCUAACGAGGUUGUCGGAUAAGAGGAAGCUGAGUCUUUCAAGUGUUUUAUAAACACUUGAAAAUUGUCUAACGUACGUUGAGAUUUCAUUCAUUUGUAAUGAAAGAUCUUUUAGAACAAUCUUUAUUUCACAAUUAAUUAUUCAAUACUCAAACUUGAGUUUGAAGAGAAAUCUAGGGAAAUAAAUCAAAUAUUGAUUUAGGAGCUACUCUGACUAGGGUUCACUGAAUAAUUAUGAAAGUUCUUACUCUUUUUAUCCAGGAAAGUAAAGGCUAUCGCUCACAUAAACACCAAUAAAUAUUAAUAGUCAUUUUUGUAGACUUGAUUUUUUUGUACAGAAAAUGUAACUGUCUUAUUCAUAAUGAUUAAUCGGAGAUUUAAAACAUCGCUUAAAUCGUUAAAAAAUGGUAUUCAUAAUCGCAUAUUAGAGCUAAAACGAUCAUUAUCUCUAGGACCCUUCUAUAAAUCUAUUUUAUGCACUCGAACGCAAAAAAACAUGGCCGACAUCGAUCACCUGUUCGUUAAGUAAUGUGAUAAAUAGCUUCCCGCUCAAAGUUUAAAAUUAUUUUGAAAUCGACUUUUGACAACUGACAAACCAUUGACAUUGAAAAGAUGUCUGUUUCCAUUGACAGUUACUCGUUAUAUUAGUUAAAAUUAUGUUUUUUUGUACGAAAUAGCAAUAUUGCGCACUACAGAGAGUAUUAAUUAGUUAUGGGAGAUUUAUCUAACGAAUAUGAAUAAGGAAUUUUAUCGAAAGUUUGAUAGGCCUGAAACACGUUUUAACUAAUAUAGCUUUAUACCUUCGAAAUGCGUUAUAGAAUAAGGCAGUUAAUGUUUAGUGAAGGAAACGAUUUAAAAAAAUCCUGAAUAGGAACAAAGGGAAUGUUAGAUUUUCCUACCAUAAUGUAGUAUUUUACUACGAUGCCUGCUUUAUAAAAACAAAUGAAAUGAAAAGAAAUUAAUAUUAAAAUUUCUCAGUAAAAUUCUAAAUUUUAAAAUUACGAAAGUAUUUCGCACGACAAUUUUUUUUAAAGGUUGCAUUGUAUGAAGUUAUAACUGCCCAGUAUCCUUUUUUCCUAAAACCAAACUAUUAUUACAAAUGAAAAUGUAAGUUUGUUACGCUUUCACGUUUUAAUUAUAUGAUCUAUUAGGCUACAAUUUUGCCAACACGCUACCAGGUAGAUACAGGAAAGAUUUUUUUUAUUUUCCUCUUUUUUCAUGUUGAAAUCCCAAAAAUCACAAAUUCAGAUUCAAAUAGGUACUUUUAUAGAAAUAUACUUAAAAUCACUUAUUGAACGUCAAAACUACGCUAAGUAUGCUAGUACUACUUGCUUGGAAGAACAGGCGCAAGAAACUCAGUGGGCUUUUUUAAAUUUCGUUUUAAUAUAUGUAAAAGUACGAGAUCCGACUGCAGGAUUAGUGCGCUCAUCGGUUAUUUGCUAAGAACCAAAUUUUUAUGUAUAUUUAUAAUUAGGAGAAUAUAUAUCUACCAAGUUGCCUAUAAAAUUUUGGCCGCUAAUAUUUUUAAUUCAAUUCAAUGGCUUAAAACCGCCGCACAGCCGGCAAUCGCUAUCCUCGUCUGACAAAUGAUGUCACGCGCUAACUCUCUUUCACCCUACCUUUAAUAUUUAUCAUCUUUAACAGCCAGCAACCCUUAUUUGCGGCCAGAUUUAAUAAGGUAACCAUAUAUGAUAAUUAAAAGAAAAAAAUUAGCUUCAAUUUGAUAUAUAAUUAAUAAAUAUACGUUAUGAACGUAUAUCGAAAUCAUACCUGUUUACACCUGGCUGCAAAGAGGUGCGGCCAGGUGCGCAAUGGCAACCGUGAUUUUUUAAAAUCAUUAUGUAAAUUGCCGUGAUGUAGACGAUAUUUUAUUUAAAAAACAAGUGAACGAAAUUUUUUCCCAAAAAUCUUGAUAGGCAACUUAGUAGAUAAUUAUAUUCUUCUUAUUAUACAUAUACAUAAAAAUUUAGUUUUUAACAAAUAACGGAUGAGCGCACUAAUCCCGCAGUCGGAUCUUAGACUAUAAUAUCGUAUUGUAAAAUUUAAAAUUAAAUAGCUUGAGGGCGUUCGCUACUUUCCCAGUCUCCUUUGCCACACAAAAGACUUUUAACAAUUUCGUUUGAAAUUCGUUACACAUUUGUUUUGUUCAUUUUCCGUGAUGAUGAUUUAAAA